GGCGAAGGGCGGGGCCAUGGCGGCGGAGGCGGCGGAGCGGCAGCUGGAGCUGCUGCGGGAGGAGCGGGAGGCCGAGCUCGCCGAGAGCAGGGCAUGGCAGGAAAGCAUCUCCCUGAAGGAGCUGCAGCGCAGAGGCGUCUGCUUGCUAAAACUCCAAGCUGCCAACCAGAGAACCGGCCUCUACGGGCGGCUGCUCGUGACGUUUCAGCCUAGAAAAUAUGAUUUAGACGCUGAGCUGCCCUAUAACAGUUUCGGGCCUGGGGACAUUGUGGGCCUUUAUGAUUCAGCUGGCCAGGGUGAUCCGCUCUCCACAGGCAUUGUAACCCGUGUCACCUCCAAAGCAGUGACUGUCGCCUUUGAGGAAUCUCGAGAUGGCGUGCUGAGCUUGGACCGGGAGAGCUCUUACCGCCUCCUGAAAUUAGCCAACGACGUCACCUACAACAGGCUGAAAAAAGCUUUAAAUGCACUGAAGCAGUACCGCAGUGGUCCAGCCUCUGAUCUGAUCAACGUCCUCUUCUUUUCCUCUGAUCCAAGCGCAUUCGGUGACACAAAGCCUCUAAAGCUUUACAAUGACUCUCUGGAUGCAUCGCAGAGGGAGGCCGUCUCCUUCUCUCUGGCGCAGAGGGAGCUUGCCAUCGUCCAUGGACCACCUGGCACAGGAAAGACCACAACACUAGUAGAGAUCAUCUUGCAAGCUGUACAGCAAGGCCUGAAAGUCCUGUGCUGUGCCCCUUCCAACGUUGCUGUGGAUAAUCUGGUGGAACGGCUGGCUGGCUACAAAGCCCACAUCCUGCGGCUUGGGCACCCUGCUCGCCUGCUGGAGACCAUCCAACAGCAUUCCUUGGACGCGGUCUUGGCCCGCAGCGACAACGCCCAGAUAGUGGCGGAUAUCAGGAAGGACAUCGACCAGGCCUUUGCAAAAACCAAAAAGGCUCAAGACAAGGGAGAGCGGAGCCAUUUUCUCAGUGAGAUUAAGGCACUGAGAAAGGAGCUAAAGGAACGAGAAGAAACUGCCAUGGCUACAGCCCUUACGCAUGCCAGUGUUGUCCUUGCUACGAACACAGGUGCUUCCUCUGACGGCCCACUGAAGCUGCUUCCUGAAGAUCACUUUGAUCUCGUGGUGAUAGAUGAGUGUGCCCAGGCCCUGGAAGCCAGCUGCUGGAUACCUCUGCUGAAGGCUCGGAAGUGCAUCCUGGCCGGGGAUCACAAACAGCUUCCCCCCACCAUCAUCUCUCACAACUGCUCCAGGGCUGGCGAGGGUUUCGACUCUGCAGAAAGGGAGAGCAAUCUGACAGGCAGCCUUUGGCCCCGCUCUGGAGUCGCCGGGAAUUCUCAAAGGGCUGCUGCCAAGGGCCUUUCGCUCAGCUUGAUGGAGCGCCUCAUCGAGAGGUACGGGGAGAAGAUUGUGAAGAUGCUGACGGUGCAGUACCGAAUGCACCAGGCCGUCAUGCAGUGGGCUUCCUGGGAGAUGUACGGCGGCCGGCUCACUGCUCACCCAUCAGUAGCCCAGCAUUUGCUCAAGGACCUGCCGGGCGUCACCUGUACAGAAGAGACCGCGAUUCCCUUACUGCUUAUAGACACUGCUGGCUGUGGCCUGUUUGAGCUGGAAGUGGAAGAUGAGCAGUCUAAGGGGAAUCCAGGGGAGGUGCAGCUGGCGGGUUUGCACAUCCAGGCCUUGGUGGAAGCUGGUGUGAAGGCACAAGACAUCGCCGUUGUAGCCCCCUACAACCUCCAGGUGGACAUGCUAAGAGAGCACCUUUGCCACAGGUACCCAGAGCUAGAAAUUAAGUCAGUUGAUGGUUUCCAAGGAAGAGAGAAAGAGGCAGUGAUCCUGUCGUUCGUGAGAUCCAACAGGAAAGGCGAGGUGGGCUUUCUUGCGGAAGACCGGCGGAUAAACGUAGCGGUGACCCGCGCCCGGCGCCACGUGGCUGUCAUCUGCGACACCCGCACCGUCAGCAACCAAGCCUUUCUGAAGCGGCUGGUGGAUUAUUUCAGCCAGCAUGGGGAGGUACGAACAGCCUUCGAGUACCUCGACAACCUCGUGCCCGAAAACUACGCUCAGGAGGGCCGCGGUGAGCGGCAGCAGGGCACAAAGCUCCCCGCAGCAUCUGGCCCCAAACCGCAGCUGCCUCUGGGGAGGAAGCUCAAAGCAGCAGCAACCAAACCAGGCUGCCAGAAGCCAGAAGCACGCUCCUCCCCGAACACAAGCAGGCCUGUGAGAGAGAGCCCGGGGGCAAAAGAAGGUGCCAACAGAUUCAGGGCCAUGCUGGUGGCCUUCCUGGAGAGCAGCGAGACGCAGUUGGAUUUCCCCCCCUCCCUCAAUUCUCACGAUCGGAUGCUGGUUCACCUAAUGGCAGAGGAACACGGGCUGCAGCACGUGAGCACCGGGGACGGGAGGGACCGGUACAUCAGCGUUCGCAAGAAAGAGCCUGCCAAGCCUUCGCCGCCCGCGGCCGCUCCCCCCAGCAAGCAGCUUCCCCUUCCUCAGCCACAACAUCCCAGCAGGGAGGCUGCUGUCCCUGCUGAGCCAGGCAGAAGCAGCAACGGCUCAGAGAAAGUGGACCUGAAAACCCUGCACCUGGAGAGAGUUCAGAGGGAGAAAGCCAGACGGGAGGAGGCAGCGAGGAAGGCUCAGGAGCCCAGUGCUGGCCUUCAGGGCAGCAGCAGGAAAAAAGACAAAAGUGAAGCGAAAGGAAAGCCAGCAGUUCAAAGCGGAGCAGACAGCACGGUAGAAGAAGAUAUCGACGCUCUGAUUUCUGCUGCCAUUAAAGCUGACAACACCUGCAGCUUCCCCCACUGCAAAGCCAGCGUUACAACCCUGGGACAGCUUUGCCUCCACUGCAACAGGCGCUACUGCCUCAGCCAUCAUAUCCCGGAGGUUCACGGCUGUGGGGAGAAGGCCAAGGCCCACGCGCGGCAGAGGAUCAGCAGAGAAGGGGUUCUCUACCCCGGGAGCGGCUCCAAAGACAAGUCCCUGGACCCAGCCAAGAGAGCCCAUCUCCAGCGGCGCCUUGACAAGAAGCUCAGCGAACUGACCAGCCAGAGAAAGAGCAAAAAGAAAGACAAGGAGAAAUGACAGAUCUGAGUACUUCCUUUUUUAACCUUGAAGUCACAGGUCAGGCUGCAAAAACCAAAGAUGCUAUUAAAGCUCCAGGGCCGUGCUGAGCCCAAAAGGAAAAGGGGAGCUCUGAUUUUGGGCGGUAGACAGCUUGGAGCCACUCUGCCCGGGGAAGUGGUCGCUGGGCCUCCCUAAGCCACAGAGCUGGGACAGAGGAGGGAGAGUAGCUUUAUUUGUCCCGGUUAUCCUUUUUGACAAAGUAAUGGAUGUACGCAGAUGGAUAUUAAAACACCGAAAGCAA